UCCGAGACCGGUCUUUCCCAGUUCAGUGUUGUAAAUCUUUGUAAAGUGGACUAUCGAUAGUUGGCCGCACGCAUCACUAUUUUAGAACACACCGCGUAAAAGCGACGCCGAUUUCAAUUUCAACGAUUUGCGAAAAGUUUGCGAGAAACGAGGACAAAAUGGCCGACGUGGACGACUUUGACUCGCUGUCCAAUGCAGAGCUGCGCACCAAGAUGCUGGCCCAGGGGCUGCCCAACAUCCCAGUGACGGACAGCAGCCGCAAGGUGCUGGUGAAGCGUCUACGCGCCUCCAUUGGCGGCCAGUCGUCGCCGGCAGCCAGUCCCAAAAAGGGCGGCCGGCGUGAGACCCUGGCUCCUGGGCCCGCUCCUGUGGCCUCCGCUCCGGCUGCUGCCUCCACGCCGGUGGACAAGCUGGACGGCAAUAAAGUGGCACCCGCCACCAAGGCUCGUCGCACCAUCACGGCCGCGAUCGCCGCUACGGAAGUGAAGGAAACUGAACGCCGUCGUCCCGAGGAGCCGGUGGUCGCCAGGAAGCCCACGGCUGUUGCUGCUGCUACUGCUGCAGCUCCGCCGAUUCAGACACGGCGAACUUCCACCUCGUCGACUGGUUUCGAAAGAAAGGUGGUGGAGCCGGUGAAGAAACCAAAACCCAUUGCCGAGGAACCGGUAGCCUCUAAACGCGCUGACCGCGAAGAAAACUACCUGAAGGUUAACUCACUGAUCGUCCUGGAAUCGGACGAAGAGGAGGACGAGCAGCUGGCCCAGGCUGCGGAUCUGUUGGAGCAGCAGCACGCGGCCAGGGAGAAGGCGACUUCGAAGCUCGCGAGCAGCGGCACCACCACCUAUGAGUACAAAAGCAAGGUUUCCUCUGUGGUGGAACCACCACGUCGAUCCAUCUAUGAACCCACAGCCGCUCCUGUGCUGCUGGCACCUUCUGGACCCACUGCCAGGUCGCAGACACAGACACAGGCCACCAGUAGCUCGGCCAGGUCCUACGAUUACCUGAACAAUCCGACCGGCGGUCGCUAUAGCAGCUAUGUGCGUACCGCCACCCAGGGCUAUGUCACUGCCGAGGCUCCGCCGGCUCCCACUUACACAUCAUCCAACUAUCGGAGCACCUAUGCCAACGAGCUGAGCGACGAGUACGAGGCGGAGGAAGAUCAGUACGAGAGCACCUUUGCCCAGAAUCUGGCACGUUUGCGGUCCGAACGGAUCGGGGAUCGCAACAGUCCGUACAGCAGGCGCACUUUGGCCAGUGGCUCGACGGGCAGCGGAAGUCUGGGCUACGAGCCGCGUGCCCGACGCUCUUUGCGUCCGGACGACAACAGCGUGUCGGUGGCCUUUGGUCGCUGGUGGAACAGCCUGGAGCAGAAGUACCACAUCAAGUCGAAGCUGUUCAUACUGUUCGUCGUCGUAUUGCUAAUCGGCGUCUAUAGCAUAUUCUUCUGACCAGCAAAUCAGUACAUUUUUUUUCGAAUCUCUGUAUCCUAGUUUGUAUUCCAUGUUGGAUUUGUUUUGUAAACGGGCCCGCCGCUGCGGACUGUAUGAAUCUUGUUUCGAUGUAAUUUGAGCCUGAGAUUGACUAGCAUUUAAGCUGUGUGUUAUCCGUGUUCCAAUAAAGCCCACUUGCAGGGAAUCGUCUCAGA